CUUCAAAAUAUACUUUGUUAGAUAGUGCAACCGCUCAAUCGAGGCAAGUAGGAUUUAGCAGCAGAUAGCACAGAAGUUGAGAGCUGAAAUCGUAGUAGCAACGAGUAAUGAUCUCUCAGUUCUUCGUUCUUUCUCAGAGGGGAGACAGCAUCGUCUUCCGUGACUAUCGAGGUGAUGUACCUAAAGGAAGUGCUGAGAUCUUCUUCCGCAAAGUAAAGUUCUGGAAAGAAGACGGUGAAGAGGAAGCACCGCCUGUAUUUAACGCCGAUGGUGUGAACUAUUUCCAUGUGAAGGUUGUUGGCCUCCUUUUUGUUGCAACUACAAGGACCAAUUUAUCACCUUCUCUAGUGUUGGAGCUUCUGCAAAGGAUUGCACGUGUCACCAAAGAUUACCUUGGCAUUCUCAAUGAAGACUCCCUGCGAAAAAAUUUUGUGCUGGUGUAUGAGCUUCUUGAUGAAGUCAUUGAUUUUGGUUAUGUUCAAACAACAUCCACUGAGGUCUUGAAAUCCUAUAUAUUUAAUGAGCCAAUUGUUAUUGAUGCUGGACAUUUAUCACCAAUCAGUCCUUCUGCUAUAUUUAUGCAAGGGACGAAAAGAAUGCCAGGGACAGCUAUUACUAAGUCUGUUGUAGCGAAUGAGCCAGGUGGUAGAAAGAGGGAGGAAAUAUUUGUGGAUGUAAUUGAGAAAAUAAGCAUUACAUUCAGCUCAAGUGGAUAUAUAUUGACUUCUGAAAUUGAUGGCACUAUUCAAAUGAAGAGUUACCUAACUGGUAAUCCAGAAGUCAGAUUAGCUCUUAAUGACAAUCUGAGCAUAGGCAGAGGAGGGGGGUCAAUUUAUGAUUACAGUGGUUCUUCUGGGGCUGGUGCCGUGAUAUUGGAUGAUUGCAAUUUCCAUGAAUCGGUACAUCUUGAUAGUUUUGACAUGGACAGAACCUUGACUCUUGUCCCACCAGAUGGUGAAUUUCCUGUCAUGAAUUACCGUAUAACCCAGGAAUUCAAACCUCCUUUCCGUAUUAAUGCAUUGAUUGAAGAAGCUGGGUUGCUUAAGGCGGAAGUCAUUUUGAAGAUCCGAGCCGAGUUUCCUUCAAGCAUAACAGCAAAUACAGUUGCGGUACAGAUGCCAGUGCCAACAUAUACGUCCAGGGUUGGUUUUGAGUUGGAACCUGCAGCGGUUGGGCAAACAACUGAUUUCAAAGAAUCUAAUAAGAGGCUGGAGUGGUAUCUGAAGAAGAUUGUGGGUGGGUCUGAAUGCACACUUCAUGCAAAGCUAACAUUUUCACAAGAGGCACAUGGUCUGCGAAAUAUCACAAAAGAAGCUGGGCCUGUCAGCAUGACCUUCACCAUACCUAUGUACAAUCCUUCUAGACUGCAGGUGAAAUAUUUACAAAUCCCAAAGAAGUCAAAAACGCACAACCCCUAUCGGUGGGUGAGAUACGUGACACAAGCCAAUUCUUAUGUUGCUCGGAUCUGAUCUGAUGGCCAUCCUUUUGGCUUCCCCUUCUUCAUUCUCCUAAUCUCCUUUUCAGCUUCUGUUAUCCUGGCUGGCAUAUGUAUAACUUAGUACCAGGCAUGCUGACAUCUGAGCAGUUUCUUUCUCACAUUACCUGAAGAACGUCUCUCCUAACCAUUUUCUUGGCUAUAUUGGGGACUAGUUCUACAAUAAUGUCUGAACUGAAAGUUGCCCUUAGGCAUAACUUUGUUGUACAACCAUGGUAAA